AUGCGCUUCAUGAACGUGCCUCACUUAUGUGCCCUGACUUUGUUCUAUGCGGUGACAUUGUCCAGACUGGUCGGCAUACCAACGGUUCCCUAUACUUCAUCAAGUGAUGAAGGAGGUUUCUAUUCACUUGCAGCCCUGAAGUCACUGGUUGUCGACUCUGCUUACACCGAAUCUCGUGACGAGGACGGCGAAACACUGAUACCGCCGACCCUACAAGAAUUCGCGGCCACCUUUGUGGAUGAUCUGUACAGCACUUUGGCACUGAAUGUCAGCGUGUCCGUCGCCGACAAGGCCCCCGAAAACUCUGUAUUUCUUACGCUGGGCAACUCGAGUGAGUACACUGACGCCAGUGGGACUCAGACAUCCGAAGGGUACACGCUUUCGGUCUCGUCAUCGGGAAUCACCAUAUCUGGUGCCAGUGCCUUAGGAGCGUGGUGGGGUACUCGCACCGUUUUACAGCAAGGAGUUCUCCUGAACGGUUCGAUACCCUAUGGCGAGGGAAUGGAUGUGCCUGGGUGGCGAACGAGGGGCAUGAUGCUUGACGCCGGUCGACAUUACUAUCCUCCCGAGUUCAUAGUCGAGAUGUGCUCCUACAUGAGUUUCUUCAAGCAGAACACAUUUCAACUGCACUUGAGCGAUAAUCUGUACAAUAACGUCGACAUAUACUCUACAGAACGGUCCCUGAGCCUCUAUGCUCGGUUUCGAUUGUGGUCUGAUUCCGACGAUGUAGCAGGCCUGAAUCAGCACCAGAACGAAUCAUACACCAGACAACAAUUUGAGGACAUCCAAUCGGCAUGUGUUGCUCGCGGGGUCACAAUUCUUCCCGAGAUCGAGGCUCCGGGACACGCGCUAGUGAUCGUGCAAUGGAAGCCAGAGAUAGGACUCAGUGAUGACUUAUCGCUGUUGAACAUCUCGCACCCCGACACGAUACCCACCAUGAAAGUCAUCUGGGGCACUUUUAUGGAUUGGUUUCAUUCGAAAACGAUACACAUAGGGGCAGACGAGUACACGGCCAAUGCCAGCGGGUAUAACCGCUUUGUCAACGAAAUGGCCGACUUCGUAUCUGAGACUGGAGGGAAGUCAACUCGGAUUUGGGGGACGUUUCCUCCCAAACCCGAGUAUGACAAUAUCGACACGGGCGUUUCAGUCCAGCAUUGGGAGUUUUUCGAAGACAACCCUCUGUUCGACUACAUCUUGAACAACUACUCCGUUGUGAACUCCGACGACACUUUCUAUACGGUCAACAAAUGGUCUGGCAGCUACCCCCAGACUGUCAACAUUUCACGAUCGUUCAACGGCAAUCCUGCUACCAGUGGCAUAUGGCAACCCUUCGUUCUUGAUACGAAGAACAGCACCAAUAACCCCGAAAGGUCUAACCCUCUUGUACUCGGGUCUGUGGUCCCUCUUUGGAAUGACUAUGGUGCCAACGCGUCCGUGUAUUCUGAAGCUUAUUACGCCUUGAAAGACGGUAUUCCGGCUUUAGGUGACAAGCAAUGGGGAGGAGACCUAUCCGAGGCUGAGUUUACGACCUCAUUCUCAAAACUGGGUUCCUCUGUACCUGGCCAGAACCUUGAUCGAGCGAUACCUUCUAGCAGCUCGACGAUAUUCAACUAUAGCUCGGGCUCGUGUGUGAGCGCGCGUUCCUUCAGUGCCCACGCCUUACGGACGGAAACAGUUCUCAUGGACCAGUCUGGAAACGCUUACGACGCGACAACGGAUUGCUCCCUCACUUCAGAGGCCACGUUGGCCAUCGCCUCGUGCUCUUUGAAGACCCCACUGUCAUCAAAGGGUCGUGACUACACUCUUUCACUGAAGAUUCGAGUCGGUAAGCUCAGUAGCGGCGAUGCAACCAUCAUAUCCGGCGCAGACUCAGCUCUCAUGUUGACGCCGAAUCUCACAUUUUCCGCCUCCGGAAAUUACUAUCGAUUGAACUCGACGAUGCCAACGGGAAGUUGGAUCAACCUCAGUGUGGUGGGCCGUGGUAACCAGACCUUCGCCAGCGUACAGCCAACAACCUUGGAGGACCCUUUGCCAGAGCCUGGCAGUACGGCUGCCACGGAGGAGGAGUUUCUGGCUGUCUUGGGUAUAAACGGCGAAUAUUUCGUCUGGGCGCCCAUCGCCAUCGAGGCGCCCAUUUCUCAGUUAGGAGGAAAAGGCUCCGGGUGGACGGGAGAGCUCGCCGCUAUGAGCUUGAGCUCCUUAGCUUGA